UUCAUGCAAAUGUACACCGGCGUUGGACAAAAAUAAACAAAACAAACUUUUAUAAUAUUGUUUUUUUGUUUUUAUAGCAAUGGAUAGCCGUUUAUACGAAACUAAAUUAGCAAAUCAUAAAAUAUUUAAAGAUCUCAAAGACAGUCUAAGUAAAAAAUCAGAUGCAAAGUUGAGUAAUUUAAUAGAAUUGCGUGAUGAGGUUUUGUACGCGUGGAAUUCAAAUGAGAACUGUUUAUUUUGUGUAAAUUUAAAACAUUUGGAAGAACACGAUGAUACUCCGUAUCAGAAAAUAAUCUUCUCGUCCCCGCCAGUGUUCGAAGUGGAGCGGCUGAUGAGCAGCGAAUGUGGCACCCGGUUGUGCGUAUGGGGCUCACGCGGGGUCACCGUGGCCGAACUGCCCUCACGCUGGGGCCGAAGCGGUCUCUUCGAGUCCGGGAAACCAACCGUCUUUUGCAAGAGUUUCUCGCUGGAUGAGAGGUUCCUGUUCUCCCAAUGCCAAGUCAUUAAAGUCCUGUGGCAUCCUCAUUCGCUGUCACAUAUUCUGGUGCUAGUCUCAGACAAUACUAUGCGUGUGUAUAAUAUCGCUCUGAAGACAGGCCCUAAAAGAGUCAAGCCGUUUGGUAAAAUCGGGCCGAGGCCUCAGGGACCCCUGGGCAUGGCGUUUCAGGAUGGCUUCGGGGAUUCGGCUGUGGACAUGACGGCGACACCCGAUGGCAACCACUUGUUGGUGCUCACCGGAAAUGGAGACGUGUAUAUGAUGAGCAGCGAUUUCUUGCAUAGCAAAGGCUCUUCAGAGUUCAAGGUGCAGGGUCCACUGUCGAUGUACCCGCCCGCUGACGACAACUAUGGCUCGGAAUCGUGCGCGAUCGCCGCACUUGGCGCCGUCGAUACCCCAGCUGUGGUCGUCAUCGCCACGGCAUCAGCCGCACUCUAUCACUGCUUGCUUCUACCUAAACAAUCAGAUACAGAAGGAGACGAAUUCGCUCUCUACGUGGUCGAAUCCGUGGAUUUGGACAUUGUACUGAAUACGGAGAAUGACGUCACAAGCCUCUAUCCGGUACACCUAUACCCGUGCAGCAAGAAUACCUACGUGUGUGUCCACGCGGGGGGAGUUCACACUGUGACCCUGGCGAUUAUGGAACACCUGAAGGACUACGCAAUGGCUGACGAUAGUGAGAUGGAUUCUGUCAUAUCGAUAAUCUGCGCCAAGUCCAGUUCGGCGCGGCACCUGGUGUGUACCAGCGAUCGUGUCGCCCGCCCUCCAGUUGGCGUGGCCCUCUCUCCAGCGCCUCUACACCACGUGCUAGUGCUGUGCUGCGGUGGAGACCUGCUCACCAGAACUCUCGAGCCAUUUGAUAUGGAAGAGGGCUUAUACAAGGAAAUUCAGCUAAAGAACCCCAUGCUUGACGAAGAUGAUAUGAAGAAGCUUUUCAAAGAGAAACAAAAAGUAUCGUUCACUUCGAUACUGAUGGAGAUAUUGAGUCGGGACAUGUCGCAGCCCAUCCUCAAAAUGGAGCCCGCUACGGAACCCUCGCCCAAGGAAUGCCUGGAGAUACUAACGGAGGCUACUGUGAAGCUCCGCAAUGAGUACAUGUCCCGACAGGAGCGUGCCACUCGAGCCCUGCGCGCCAAGCUGGAAGCUCUGCGGUCUCUGGGAAACCACCAGCGCGACUGGCAGAAGAUGCUACUGGAGGAUAUCGCACACGUACACCUGAAGUGGGGGGCGUUGAAAUCCAAACGGGAGCAGGCCGUGAACAAACAGGAGGACAUAAAACACAGAUGUGCAGUUGCGAUCCGGUACGUACGGUCGACGUCGCGUGUUUCUCCGGCGGAGCUCGAGAUGGUGAAGCGGCUGGAACAGUACAAGCACAAGGCCGACACGCUCUUGACGCGGACACGAGCGCUGCGGGACCACGCCGACGAUCACUUGGAAAAGAUAAAGAAAUGGCAAGAGGAGUACAAAAAGCAGAACGUAGUGCUCGGGAAGUCCCACAGUGAGACCAUAUCUUCCAUUCUGCAGCAACAAACGAACCAGGUAUCGACGCUAAUUGAAGAGACCAAACUUCUUAAAGAUCAACUGGGCGUAAUGUAACUUGCGCAUUUGUAAUUUUAUCUAAUAAUUACAUACAUAUCUAGAUACACUUGCCGAGUAGGGCCGAAUUGUCUCGUCCACACUCGCCGAAGUACCACAAGUAUACUCGAAGUCGAGUGCAAAUAUUAAUCUUUAAUUAUUAUAUUUAAUACGUUUAUUUUGUAAGAAUAUCUUUAUUAUUUUUUGAUAAGGUCUUCGUGUCUAGAUAUGUAUAAACUCGUUUAUUAAUAAUUGUUAUAAUGUGUUGAUUUACGUUUGUGGGACCCUUAUGAGGUUCAAAGUGAGGUAAGGUCAUUUUGCAGAUUAGUCAAAGCUAUUGAUACAAAUUGUAGAUUAUAAAAAGAGGCCAUUUAUUUGAUUUUUGUUUAUUUAUUGUUUAUGCGUAGCCCAUUUAAAUAUUGUAGAACGAUUUGAUAAAACAUUGGUUUUGAAAAUCUGUUUUACAACCGAAAAUAUGAUUAUAAUAUUCAUUUUGAGUUAAUGUUUCAACAUGAAGGCAUUACUUUAUAAAAAUGUUAUUUAAUUUUAUUAAUUUGUAAACUAAUAUCAAUUAAAUGUAGUUUGUAUCCCACUUCUGCUUGCAACGUAACUCUCAUGUUGGUAAUAUGUAAAUGAUAGUAGGAUAAAAAAAAUUGAUACUAUGUAGCUGGUUCAGGCUUAUAUUAAAACCUACCUCAGCCAAAAUUACGUGUUUAAGUUACAGUAUGAUUGUCUAUUUUUAAAUAAAAUAUGAUUAUUUCUA